UUAUUCAGUGGACGCAAGCGAGGCACCAUGUUGCCACCUGGCUUCUCCUCUUCGGUGCCAAUGCUUCGAAAAGCCACCAUUUUCUCUCUCUUUUCUCAUAUUUCCCUCUCCCUCUCUCUUGUUUAUCCCCUUUUUCUUCCCUGUUCCACUCUAUUCUGUCCCGAUUCUUCCAUUUUCUACCCUGAGUAAGUAUAUUCAUCCGAUCCCCUUUUUCAUUCCCAAUUUCCCAGAUGGGAUCAUUCUUUUUUCUGUUCCCCAUCAUCCCUUUUGAUCCCACCCUCGAAUAUUUCUGAUUUCCCCCUGAAAUUCCAUUCUUCUUCAGUCAAUCUGUAUCGAUUUUGUUCGAGACUGACUUUUUCUCACGAUUAUCCGCAUUCUAAAGCCCCUCCCCCCAUUUUUCUGGAUUCUCUUUUUUAUGUUUAGCCAUCCAGGUAGCUUCUGUAAAUAAAGGGUGGUGGAUGAAUAGAAUGGAUUUGAUCAUUUUGACGGACCUAUUUCGUUAAUAUGGAGCGGAGACAUAGUUUUAAGGAGGUGUUACUUGGGUCGAUCAUGUUGGGCUGCUGGCUUAGAUGGUAUGCAGCUACAAUAUAAGGAAUGUGAUUGCUCAGGCUGGACAUAUAGGAAUAAUCAAUAGAAGGAUCCAAAUCAAUAAUAUCUGGAGGAGUUUGCCUUCCAAUCUUGGAUUUGUUCACACCUGGAAGCGUGAAUAUAGAAUAAGUCUCAUGAUGAUGGUAGAUACAGGUGCAUCUGAGAACCGUAGGCCGAUUGUUGAUAAGCAUCCAGAGAAAGAUGAAGAUGGUGGCUAUACAAGUGGAGGAUGGAAAAGUGAAGAUGGGAGACUUAGUUGGGGGUAUUCAAGUUUCAGAGGAAAGAGGGCAACCAUGGAAGAUUUCUUUGAUAUUAAAAUGUCGAAGGUCGAUGGUCAAACUGUUUGCCUUUUUGGCAUCUUUGAUGGUCAUGGUGGGUCCCGAGCUGCAGAGUUUUUGAAGGACCAUCUCUUUGAGAAUCUAAUGAAGCACCCAAAAUUUUUGACGGAUACCAAAUUGGCUAUCAGUGAGACGUAUCAGCAGACAGAUGCUGAAUUUUUAAAUUCGGAAAAGGAUACUUUAAGGGACGAUGGCUCUACUGCUUCAACCGCUUUGCUGGUUGGCAAUCAUCUCUAUGUUGCCAAUGUUGGAGAUUCACGUACUAUUAUAUCAAAGGGAGGUGAAGCGAUCCCUCUUUCUGAGGACCAUAAACCAAACAGAACUGACGAGCGGAGGAGAAUUGAAAAUGCUGGGGGUGUUGUCAUGUGGGCUGGCACUUGGAGAGUAGGAGGAGUGUUAGCAAUGUCCCGUGCUUUCGGUAACAAGAUGUUGAAGCAGUUUGUUGUGGCAGAUCCCGAUAUUCAGGAUCUUGAAGUAGACAAGGACAUUGAGUUGCUUGUUGUCGCAAGUGAUGGACUUUGGGACGUGGUUCGCAAUGAGGAUGCAGUAUUAGUCGCGGGGAAGGAAGAUGAACCUGAGGCAGCUGCUCGGAAGCUAACUGAAGCAGCGUUUACCCGUGGCAGUGCUGACAACAUAACGUGCAUCGUGGUGAAGUUUCAUCACGAGAAUGCAGGUCCUGCGGCAGAUACUCGAGAGAACAACUAAGAAUUUUGUAUUGCAAUGUGUAGAUUCUUUUUCUAGAGAGGAGAGAGAGAAGAAAGACAACUUGGAUAUUGGCUGUUAAUUAAUUCUGCACCUUCAGCAAAAUGGGUGUGCAUAAGAGCUGAUUUGUUUAUUCAUUUGUAUUUUGUAAUUUGGUUUUCCUCAAUCUUGUUUUUAGUUCAUUCCACAUAUCUGUAUGCUCUUUCUGUCUGUAUCAAUAUACAGAACAAGUUAAUCUAGUUUUAUUCUGAUGCUUCUUGUCAAGAA